GCUUGCGAGUGAGUACACAGUGUAAGCGUACAACAUGAAAGCACCGAAAGUUGGCGUAGAUGUUACCGCGCAUAAGGAGGAACAUAAUGUGACCGACGCCAAGAAGAAAAUGAAGCUACGAGUGCGCUACUACGUGGAACUCGUGGUGGGCUUGCCGCGGGAGAGCCACACGCGUUUGGGCUUCUCGGGCUCGUUCCAGGCGCUCCUGCGGCUGCAUCGCGACUUCGUGCGAUUAUACGUGGAGAAACACGGGGAUCCCCACAGCGGAUUACUUACUGGGCGCGAAAGUUUCCUAUCAAAUUCAUCAUCCACGUCGCGCUCGUCGGUGUCCUCUACGUCGAAGAGCUCACCCACCUCACUCUCGAGUCUCGUGCGGCACACAUUUGGCCUUAAAAAGAAGUCAAAAAGCACAGGGGACGCAAAUAUUAACGGUGAGGGAUCUGCAAACAACCAGCAUACGCGCUAUAUCCACCACCACCGCCACCACCACCAUCAGUACCCGACUACACAGGAACCACCUAUCGGGAUCGUGCCAUUCCCUGCUCAGAAUAAGAUGCUGGUUCAUCUAGAAACCGGUGAAGCCAAGGACGAUGACAAGAUCGAAGCUCGCAACGCUGCUUUGUUUGAAUACUACUCACAAUGUUCAAUUCAGACGACGGUGAAAUGUUCCUGGAACUGGUUCACCAGCGAGCGAAAGAGCGAGCAGACAAGAACAAGAAUGAACUCGUGGAAAAUCAGUCGGAGGAUGGUGCUGAGCCUCACAGCAGUGGUGGUUUUCUCAAGCUACUGGGUCGUCAUCCAAAGACUGAAGAUGCUAAAAGCAAGAAGCAUGUCGAAUUUUUCGAGCCUGUGUACGUGCGCGCAAGAGGAAAAUCGAGGGGCCGUAAAUCUACGCAUCGGAAAUCUAGCCUGCAAGCUCCAUGAUACAUGA